AUGAGCGCUCAACCACACCCCCUCAAUAGCGACCCUGAACGACUGCUUUUCGCAUACUGGGUACCCAAUGUCUCAGGGGGCUUGAUCAUCAGCAAGAUCCCGCAGAGGACAAACUGGGACCUGGCUAGCAACGUCAAAUACGCCAAGGCUGCAGAGCAAGCUGGCAUCGAGUACGGCCUCACACAGAUUCGCUUCACGUCUGGAUAUGGUGCUGCAAACCAACAUGAGUCUGUGUCCUUCUCGCAGGCAAUUCUUCAAGCAACAGACACAGUCAAGAUCAUUGCUGCUAUUCUCCCUGGGCCCUGGAAUCCCACGACGGUGGCGAAGCAGAUCGCUAGCAUCGACCACUACAGCAAUGGCCGCAUUGCCGUUAACAUCCAUGCUGAGCGUUACCGUCGCAGCAAUGAGUUCAUCCGCUGUCUCAAAGGCAUCUGGACCGCACCCGAGGACACAGGAUUUACCUUUGGCGGUGACUUUUACCGCUACAGGAACUAUGUACUCAAUCCUAAGCCAGUCCAGAAACCCCAUCCCGAGAUCUUCCAGGGCGGCAACAGCGACGACGCCAGGAACAAUGGCGCCGAGGUCAGUGACUGGUACUUCAUGAACGGCAACGACCUCGAUGGUUUCCGUAACCAGAUUGCGGACGUAAAGGCCCGCGCGGCAAAGGUCGGCCGCGAGGACCAGGUGCGCUUCGCGGUGAACGGCUUUGUCAUCGUUCGUGAAACAGAAGAAGAGGCCGUUCGCGUGUUGCAGGAGAUCCAAGGCAAGGCGGACAAGGAGGCCGUCGAGGCGUUCCGGGCCUCUGUUCAAGAAGCUGGGGCCAGCACCUCAAACAAGAAGGGCAUGUGGGCCGAUAGCAAGUUUGACGACUUGGUACAGUACAACGAUGGCUUCAAGACAAAGCUCAUUGGUACUAAGGAGCAAGUUGCUGAGCGACUCGUUUUGUUGAAGAGUUUGGGUGUUAACCUAGUGCUCACCGCCUUCUUACACUACGAUGAAGAGAUUGAGCAGUUUGGACGGGAGGUUUUGCCCCUCGUAAGACAGUUCGAGAAGGAGGGUCGUGGUAAGGACGCGAACCUUGAGAUCGAGAGAACAGGAGAUGUGUACCGUAAGAAAUAG